AUGCCUUUAUCUUCUCAAGCGUCAUCUUCUCCAAGUUUGAAGCGAAAACAACCGACCAUCUCGAGCUUUUUCACAAAGAAGCCACAACUCUCGCAGGAAAGCACCUUGAAUGAUGCACUGGAAAAAUAUGAACGAGGUCAAGAAGGGGAAGAGGCUACAAAAAAGGAAGAAGCCUUAAAGGAAAAUUGCAGUACUCGGUUAAACAAUGUUGAUGAUGAGGACGAUGUAGUUGCUCCGGCGCCAAAGCGAGCGAGAACAAACGGGUCCUAUUCACAAAACACCACCGAAUCUCCAAAAGAAACCCACAUUGAGCGUCCUAGGUUAUCGGACAGUAGCCAAAAAACGGAGCUCUCCAAGUUCGCCAGCUCGCCAGCUACGGAGGGAGAAACGAAAGAACGGACAAAAGAAAGAGAGAAGCUGCACCAGAAGUUUGUACGGAGAUUAGGUGGACCGGACUGUCUCAUCGGAAUUGGCAGAAGUACGGCCCAUGAAGCUGUCCCCGGGGAAGUUGGCGAGGGCGACGAGGAUGACGAAACCUCUCCGCCCCCUGCAGCUAAAGGGAAAGCCGCGACCAAGAAAGGCGGGCACAAGCUUACUCCUAUGGAGAAGCAGAUUAUCGAUAUCAAGCGGAAACAUAUGGAUACGGUUUUGGUAGUAGAGGUGGGAUACAAGUUCCGGUUUUUUGGCGAGGAUGCUAGAACAGCUGCGAAGGAGCUGAAUAUUGUCUGUAUUCCUGGAAAAUUCAGGUUCGAUGAACGUAAGUAUCGGUUUCAAUUCACGCCCUACCUCGUUCUCCUCGCCUUUACUCAAAGUGUUUUAGAUCCUUCGGAGGCCCAUCUUGACCGCUUUGCAUCGGCAAGUAUACCAGUGCAUAGAUUGCAUGUUCACGUUAAGCGUCUCGUUUCGGCCGGACACAAAGUCGGAGUUGUCCGACAAAUGGAAACCGCUGCCCUUAAAGCUGCUGGCGAUAAUCGCAAUGCGCCCUUUGGACGCAAACUCACCAAUUUAUACACAAAGGGUACGUAUAUUGAUGAUAUGGAGGGCCUGGAAGGAUCUACAGCGUCUAUAUCAGCCGCUGGUACUUCAAUGGCAACGGGGUAUAUGCUUUGUAUUACAGAGACAAACGCAAAAGGCUGGGGAAAUGACGAAAAGGUGAAUGUUGGCAUUGUUGCUGUUCAGCCAGCAACAGGUGACAUAGUGUAUGACGAGUUUGAAGACGGAUUCAUGAGAAGCGAGAUCGAAACUAGACUCCUUCAUCUGGCCCCUUGUGAGGUUCUUAUAGUUGGUGAUUUGUCAAGAGCCACGGAAAAGCUUGUUCAACACCUGUCUGGGAACAAGACUAAUGCUUUUGGUGACGAGAUUCGCGUUGAGAAGUUCCCUAAAGCUAAAACGGCGGCGGCCGAGUCACAUAGCCAUGUCUCGAGCUUUUACGCGGAGAGGAUGAAGAAUGCGAACGCCACAGAUGAUGCGCAGGCGAGCAGCCUGCUUCAGAGGGUGCUCAAUCUAAGCGAACAGGUCACCAUCUGCUUAUCUUCCAUGAUUAAACAUAUGUCAGAGUAUGGCUUGGAGCACGUUUUCCAGCUUACAAAGUAUUUCCAACACUUUUCGUCUCGAUCACACAUGCUUCUCAACGCAAAUACUUUGAACAGUCUUGAAAUAUAUCAUAACCAGACAGAUCACUCCACCAAAGGCAGUCUUUUCUGGACGUUGGAUCGAACACAGACCCGUUUUGGGCAAAGAAUGCUACGUAAAUGGGUGGGACGUCCUUUGCUAGAUAAAUCUAGCCUUGAAGAAAGAGUGGACGCUGUUGAGGAACUGAAGAACUCAGAAAGGGUCGCUCUCGUAGAACAGCUGAAGGGUCUGCUUGGUAGAAUCAAGACUGAUCUGGAAAAGUCCUUGAUCAGGGUUUACUACGGAAAGUGCACCCGGCCCGAGCUUCUCACUCUCCUCCAAACUUUACAGAUGAUUGCGCAGGAAUUUGCUGGUGUUCAGUCUCCUGCCGAUACUGGAUUCUCGUCGCCUCUCAUAAGCAAAGCAGUAGCAUCUCUUCCAACAAUCCUAGAAGAUGUCGUGCACUUUCUGGACAAAAUAAACAUGCAUGCAGCGAAGAAUGACGACAAAUAUGAGUUCUUCAGAGAAUCAGAGGAGACAGAUGAGAUUACUGAACACAAGCUUGGAAUUGGUGCUGUGGAACACGAUCUUGAAGAACAUCGCUCCACAGCUGGUGAGUGUCUUGGGAAAAAGAAAGUAGAAUACGUCACAGUUGCGGGUAUUGAAUACCUGAUUGCGGUUGAAAACAAGUCACCGUCCAUCAAAAAAGUGCCAGCAUCGUGGGUAAAAAUAUCUGGUACCAAAGCAGUUUCAAGAUUUCAUACCCCGGAAGUUAUCAGGCUUCUACGACAGCGGGAUCAGCAUAAGGAGGCUUUAGCGGCGGGUUGUGAUAAGGCGUACGCAAGCUUCCUGGGUGAGAUAUCCGCCAGUUACCAAUCUUUCCGCGAUAGUGUACAGUUCCUUGCGACGCUCGACUGCCUAAUUUCUCUUGCGACUAUCGCUAAUCAGCCUGGCUACGUGAAACCCGAAUACACGGACCGCACAUGCAUUCAUGUUGACCAAGGGCGUCAUCCAAUGGUUGAACAACUUUUGUUGGACAGCUAUGUCCCCAAUGAUAUUGAUUUGGACAGCGACAAGACCCGUGCUCUUCUUGUUACAGGCCCUAACAUGGGCGGGAAGUCUAGCUAUGUUCGACAAGUGGCACUCAUAGCCAUUAUGGGACAGAUUGGUUCCUACGUGCCUGCACAGUCAGCGAAGCUUGGUAUGCUAGAUGCUGUGUUUACCCGCAUGGGAGCUUUUGACAACAUGCUGGCUGGUGAAUCCACAUUCAUGGUCGAGCUUUCGGAAACAGCAGAUAUCCUAAAACAAGCGACGCCUCGCUCACUUGUCAUUCUGGAUGAACUGGGUCGAGGCACGUCUACGCAUGAUGGUGUUGCAAUUGCGCAAGCGGUUCUCGAUUAUAUGAUUCGGUCAAUCCAAAGUCUCACGCUUUUCAUUACCCACUAUCAACACCUUUCCUCAAUGAUACACUCCUUCCCUGACCAUGAACUUCGGAACGUACACAUGCGCUUUACCGAGUCGGGGUUGACCGAAGAAGAGAUCACGUUCCUUUACGAGGUGGGAGAGGGCGUAGCGCAUCGCAGUUACGGAUUAAACGUAGCGCGUCUAGCAAACUUACCAGCACCUCUAAUCGAGCUGGCUAAACAGAAGAGUGCCGAACUAGAACAGAAAAUACGCCGCCGGAGACUAGCUGGACUUGUGAGGACGGUUGGAGAUGUCUUAUCUGAUCCUGCAAAAGCCAACGAGACUUUGAUUGAACAACUCAUCAGCAGCGCGGAGCAGUUAUAA